AUGGCGUCAGUUAAAGAGCUGCUUGUGAACUCACUGAAGGAGCUGGAAGCUGCUGAACUGAAGGAGUUUCAGUGGCACUUACAGGAACAUCAUGAGUGUAUAUCAAAGUCUGACAUGGAGAACGCUGAUAGGAUAAAAACAGUGGAAAAGAUGGUGGCGUGUUUUGGACCAGAAGAAGCUGUGAAGAUCACGGUCGGCAUCGUGGGGAAGAUGAACCAGAAUAACUUGGCUGAACAGUUAGAGAACAAACACAAGAAAGCUCAGGCUGAGGGCAAUACGAACACAUCUGUCCCUGUUGGAGCUGAUUCAGAGCUGCAAAACUUCUUGAAAACUCACAAAAACAACAUGAAGAAGAAAGCUAAAUGUAUUUUUGAGGGCAACAAAGACAAUGACACAGAUCUCAAGACUGUUUACACAGAGCUGUUCAUCACAGAGGGAGAGAUGAAAGAUGUCAAUCAGCAACAUGAGAUUCUGAAGAUUGAUGAUGCUUACAAGAACAAAAAAACACAGGACAAACCAAUCAAAUGCAAUGAUAUAUUUACUGAACUGAGGAAAAACAAAGAGGAGAGAAUUGUGCUGACCAAGGGAGUCGCUGGCAUCGGAAAAACUGUCUCUGUGCACAAGUUCAUCCUGGACUGGGCAGAAGGAAACACCAAUCAGGAUAUAGAGUGUGUGUUCCUGCUUCCAUUCAGAGAGAUCAACGUGAUUAAAGAUAAAGAGGUCAAUCUCCACGAGUUUCUGCUGAAAUUUUAUCCUGAAUUGAAGGACCUGGAGAAAUCAAAGUUAUAUAAGGAACAUAAGCUAGCAUUUAUAUUUGAUGGACUUGAUGAGAGUCGACUUCCAUUGAACUUUAAAAGAGAAACACUGGACACUGUUGAGGAAAGAUCAUCUGUAGAUGUGCUGUUUACAAGUCUGGUCAAAGGUAAGCUGCUUCCAUCAGCUCUUGUCUGGGUGCCACCACGCCCAGCAGCAGCCAAUCAGACCCCU